GGUAACUUCCUGUCCUUCGCAUUGGCAAAAAGGAAGGCUGUUGACGGUGUAGUUGACAAAUUUAAAAGUUGACAACAUAUUAUAUUUUAAAAAUGAAUAAACAAAAGUACUUUUGUUUUAUGAUAGUCUUACUUCCGGCUUUCAUUGAAACAGGUAAAUUCAUUUGAUUGUUAAAAUUUCUCUAACAAGUUUCGGUUAGCAAUCUGAGCAAACGGGCCCUUCCUAUGAUUUUCGAAUGCGGAAAUGCUAAAUGAGAUGCCGUGCCAUUUGCAAAGUGACUAAAACUGCUAAAAGUGUCUAUAAAUUAUAUUUUCUCUGCAUGAGAUUCUUAUUUAUAUUUCAACCUAAGUUUUAAUUAUGUGAAAGUCUGAUUAAUUGGCCGCAUAUUAGUCACUAAUAAUACUAAUACUAUACACUAUACAUAACUAUAAUAAUUAAAUACUGUACUGUACUCUAAUUGAGAGUUUCAUUCCCGUUUUAAAAAAUGAGCCAUUGUACCAUUAUCUUGAUUAACUUGAUUACUUGAUAAAUAUACUUUAAUCACAGAAUUGACAAAUCACAAGGUUAUAAAUUAUAAGAACUCUCUCUAACUUAACUAACCAAAAUAAAGUACCAAAAAAAUGGUAGACCAAUUAAAUCUAUGUCUAUGUCACUAUCACUAUGUCAAUGUCUGUACUCUAUUGAUUAAUACUGAUAUUGAUAUUAAUUAAGCUUACUUAACUUACUAUUUAGAAUUUUCUAAGACACUUUUAAUAUCCCUGGAAAUCUUGGUUGGGACUUGAUUAAUAUUUCAUUAAAAACUUCAAUGCCCUAACUCAAUUGAGUUAACACAUUACACUUUGUUAGGAGAACUAUAGCCUAUAAUAUUAAUAAGAUUAGGUUUCAAACAAGCAUAAAGUGCCAUAAAUGCAUAAGUGUUAAAAUGCUGCCAAUAUUGUCCUAAUAUGGAAUAUUGGUAGGCCUAUUUUUUUAAAAAUACUGUACACGUGCUAAUGAAACGAGAUGAACUCUUAUUAAAUAAUCAUUAACAAUAAUAACAAUAAGAAAAGGCUGCAACUAUUUGCACCCAGGUACUUCUUCAGUGUAACUAAAAUAAACUACCACAAAUGACAUCUGAAUAGCAUGAGUCUAAUGGGACCCGGGUGCAAAUGGGGGCGAUGCGUGUCUGGGUCCAUUUUGACUAAAUGCUAUUGGGAUGUCAUUUGUGGUAGUUUAUUUUAGUUAAACUGAAGAAGUAAGUUUACAAACAUAUAGUCAAUUCAAUUAUCUUUCAUUUGGUACCUCAUUUUGUCUUAGAAACCCAACAAUAAUAUUUUAAAUAUAAACCCGGGUGUGAAUAGCCAAUUCAAUAAAAAAAUUGCAUAAAAAUAAACAUUUUGGAUUGUUAUUUGUAUACAUCAUCAGAAUCAGAAUGAUAGGGAAAAUUGUAUUCAGACUAUUAUCUGAAGGUUUAACUGCUGUGCAAGUAGAAAUUUUGUUAGGUCUCAUUCCUUCAAUAUUAAUAUUUCUGAUUUGUAAUCUAAAAUUUUCUCUUAAUUCUGAAUAUCAAAAGAAAUCAUAGAAUUUUAAUCUAUGGCUGUAAAUUUUUAACUGGAUAAUAAAUUUAACUGGAUGGUUUAUUGCAAAGGUUUACAGGUGUGUGGCAAGAUUUUAAAAUACUAUAAAGGAAUAUUACUCAAUGUUCAAAUGCUAUGGGACAUAUAAAAUAAUCCAUAAUAAUAAUAAUUUGCUGGAAUGCUGAUCUUCACUAAAAGAACCAAGGUUUAUGCAAAUACUUGCAUUAGUUAUAUGGUGUCAUUAAAUUUGUGUGGGUUGUAAGAAAAAAAAGAUAGAUUAUGAAUACUCCAGGGUUAUGUUUGUUGUCAUAGCCAAUGGUGUGUUUUUUGUCUUAGCCAAUGGUAUGUCUGUUGUCUUAGCCAAUGGUAUUUUUUUGUCUUAGCGAAUAAUAUGUUUGUUGUCUUAGCCAAUGUACAGAAUUAUAAUAAGAGAGAGGCAAUACAUAAUUUGUCAGUUGCCUGUUCUGUCAUUUCAUUUCUUUGGUUCUCACUUAGCCCUUGCAUUAAGCUGUUAUCAGUGUGACUCAACACUGGACAGUAACUGCCAGGAAAUGUGGGAUUCCUCACUCUCAUACAACCAGCAGAAGUAUCGAACCUGCAACAUGUGGAAUGCACAAUUUUGUAUCAAGGUGACGGGCAUGUGGGGAGGUAGGUUGCAUGUUUGUUUAAGAAACAUAUUUCAUCUUCUGAAUGUAUCAAAGGAUGACACUGAUUUUGAAUGAAAUGGCAGAAAAAAUUUUGUAGGAGGAACUGCAAACAAGAUUAGUUUUGAAUUGCUCAUUCCUCAUAUGAAUAGCUACUCAACCAAAAAUUUGACUAGUUUAUUGUAACAUUACAAUACAUUUUCAUUUUGUGUUAAAAAUAACCCUCAUGAAUAAACACGAAUCAUAUAGAGUCACAGAGCUGUAAUUUUUUUUUUAUAGUUUUUGUAUUUAUUUACAGGGUCUGUUGGAGAAUAAAUUGGUCAGAUUUAGUGUGACUGUGAUAGAUUGGAAAAAAAUAUAUAAUUGACGAUGCAGCCCCAGAUGCUUAUUUCUUUUCUUGUCUCCCCAUAAUAACUCAUUUUUUAAUUUGAGAUUUCCUUUUUCAGCUUACUACUUAAAUGCAACAAGUUAUAAAUAUCAGUACCAAAAUAGUCCUGACGAUAUUCUAACUCUAGCAAAUAUAAAUUUAAAUAAAUGUGAAAUUACAAGGUGUAAAUAUUUGUGUCACAAUUUCUUGGUAUUUUUUUAAACAAUUUUAAUACAUAUAAAAUAAGAAAUUUGGCUUUGAUAAUUUUUCAAAAUAAUGAUUGUAUUGUUUAAAAUAAUGAGUUUGAUUUUUUUUUUAAGUUUCAGAAGAGAAAGCUCAGUGAGUGUUUUCUUAGACAAUAAACCAUUUUCCUUUUUAUCAAACCAGGUGUUGUUGGCACACACAGAUUCUGUAGUUCAAGAGACCUCGGCGACCAGUGUCAGGAUAUCUGGUUCCCAGAUCACGACAGAAUGUACCGUGCUUGCAUCUACACAUGCACUGGGGAUGGUUGCAACAGUGCAGUGAAAUGGUCAACUACUCCAGCUCUCAUUGUUUGUCUGUUCAGUGCUGUCAUAGCAGUUUUAAGAAUUUUAUGAUACGAGUGUGUGAACAUGUGUAGUGAGUAAAUGAAAAUCUGGUUUGCAAAAUGUAUAAACUUUUUUUUUGAAUAGGAAGAAUCUUGCUUGUUUAAAAUGUUUGAGAAUGUUAAAGGGAAAUAAAAUCAAGAUUUAUACAUUCCUAAAGUUUGUAAGCCUUGGAUUUAAAAAUUUUAGAUUUGUUUUCUUAUAUUUUUGAAUAGAUAAGAUCUUAUAAUUUUCUUAAAUUAAAUUAAAGUAAUUUUACCAUAUGAAAACGAGGUUUGAUAUUAUAAAUAUGUUAAGUUUAGGAUUCAUUUUAAUCAUAAAUUGAAGUGCCUUGUGAGUUCAAACAUUUCAAUAAUGGGAAAUAAUAAUUACAAAUGUAUUGCUUGGCUGUGCAGAGAGCUGAGUAAAUGAUCAUGUCAGUGAAAGAAUGUAUACUUCUGUUUUACAUGUCCAUGUUUUUGGAGAUAAUCUUUUAACUGUAUAUGUUAUGUUAAUUAUUUUUUUUUUUUUUUUGCAACAAAAUUUUCAUAAAAGUUUCAUAAUUAAUUUGAGCAAUGAUAUUCAUUAACAGCAUAAGUUUAGGCAAAUGUAAAAUAACAAAUUAAGAAAUUUAUUUAUGCUAUCAAAUUAAUAACAUGCCUUUGUAUUUCCCACUUGUUAGUUCUUUGCUGCACUUUCUCAUCCUACCUUGUAAUUGAAAUUAUUAAGGUUUUUCCAUUAGUUUUUAUCAUAUCUUCAAAAUAUAAUUUAUUUCUAUUUCAUAGCUAUCAAUAGUUUUAUCUUGAAAUUUCAUAUGGAUAAAUGGUCAAACUUUUUAAGUUAACUUACACAGGCCAAUGUUUUACAGUUCUUUUUUUUAAAUUGUUUGGUAGCUUACAUUUUUGUUUAAGGUUUGCUAAUUAUCAUAAUAUUAAGAACCCAAGACAGCUAAAUGGUUAUGUCAUUCCAAUAUACCACUCGAUUAGUUAAUUUUAAAAUAAAUUUUAUUUAUUUCUUUUUUUCAAGUGAGAUAUUGAGAAAAAGAUAAUUACAAACCUUGCAGUUUUUCCUGAAUGGAUUUGGAGUUAAUUUUAAAAAAAUUAAAAUAAUGAUUUUACACGUUCAGAAUAGUUAGCUCAAUACAUUCAAACAAAACUUUAAAUAUGUAUUCAUGUAUAUAUUUAAAUAAAAAUUGUUUUGUGUACAUAUUUUUAACAAAUGUUUGUACCCUUAUCAUAUCAACUGCACAUUAUUGUACUCAUUUUGUACAUAAAGUUUCUACAGUUUGAAUGAUAAGGUGUUUUCCAGUACAUGUAGGAACUUGAGUUAUUUUCUAUCAAAUUUUAUGUCAAAUUAUGUUUGAACAUAAAGAAGAAAAGACUUUGAGAGGUUUUUUAAAAAAAUUUAGCAGAUUUAACAACUUAUAAAAAUUUACAAGUCCAUAUUUUGUUACUAAUGCCUAGAACGUAAUCCAGCUACAUAGCUCUGUGUGUUGAUCAUUUUAAGAAGUUUCAUUGUUGUUUCUUUACUUCAGUUACUGUCACCUUCAUCAGAAUUUUAGGAUUCCAUCUAACUUUGAUCCAGACAGCACACCUCAUUCAUUGGUCAAGGCGAGGAGCUGUUUGUAUGCUUUGUUUUUUUAAUGGACAUUAUUUUUUAUUAAAUUGUUCAAAUUUAUUGAGAAAACAAUUAGUUUUUCCAUGCUUUCUGAUAAUUCAAACUCAAUGAGUAGAAUGAGUUUAAAAUGUAAUGUAACAGCUUAUUGUUUCUUUGUUUAACAAGAGGCCACGCAUAAACUUGUACAAUAUUUCUUUCUGAUAUUACAUUCCUGAAGUGGCCAUCACAAAGAUUAGUUAGAAUCAACUUUUGUAUAUUUACAAGCUGUUUGUCAUGUCAAUGUUUUCAACCAAGUUGGUUCAAGAAAUUUGAAUAUCAAAAGUAGACUGUUGACUCAUUGGCCUCAUGUUUGUUUCUUUGUAAAUUGUAUUAUUGUAGAGCUUUAUAUUUAAUUUAAUUAGAGUCAAUGUUCCCUC